AUGCUUUUUAAUGAAAACGUAAUGAUUCCUCUUCAUUACCGACAGGAAUUCGAUUACCAGAAAAUUGAAAUUCCUGCUUUCACAACAGUUUUAAAGCAAAUUAAAACCGAAUUACCAGACGGUGAAAUUUUAAUACCCGAUCUUAGUAACAAUGUCAUCAACAUACCAAGUUCACUUUUAAAAAUCGAGAACGGAUUAACAACCUUAGAACUUUCUAAUCCGACAGAAAAAUCAGAGCUAAUAGAAAUAGAUCAAGAUUUUUUAACCCCGUUCGCAAAGGAAUACCAUGAAAUUCAUUACGAGUCUUUUCACAUAGAACAACUAUCCCCUUCAUUCACACCAGGAGACGACACUUUUGACCUCCUUGAUUCGAACCGAUCACAUGAACCCUGA